AUGGGUAUCAGCGAGGUAACUCAACGAAAGAACGGGAGAGUAUGGAAAGAAUCAUUAUGGCUUGCUUUGGAAGAAGCUGGAAAAUUAGAACGUGAAGCUGCAAUUAAGGAAGGACAUGUAGAUUCACAUGGCAUUCCAUAUAUAACUGAUGGAUAUUUAGAUGGAGGAUGGUCUAAACGAAGCUAUGGACAUACGUAUAAUGCAAAUUCUGGAGCUGCUGUUAUAAUAGGGAAAACAACAGGAAAAGUAUUAUUCGUAGGUGUAAGGAAUAAAUACUGUUGUAUUUGCGCUAGAGCCGAAAACAAUAAUGAAGCUGCUAAAACACAUAUUUGUUUUAAAAAUUGGUCCGGUUCAUCAUCUUCAAUGGAACAGGAUAUAAUAGUAGAGGGAUUUAAUAACAGCAUAGAAAUGCAUGGGUUGAAAUACUUAAAAUUUAUUGCAGAUGGUGAUUCCUCAGUUUUUAAAAAUAUUAAAGAAAAGGUACCAUAUGGACACGAGGUUGUUAAAAUUGAAUGCAUGAACCAUGUAUUAAAAAAUUUCAGUAAAAACCUUUACAAAAUUAAAAAAGAUACUCAAGGGGUCCCUGUUGAUGACAGAAAGAUGAUCCGGAAAAUCUAA